CGCGGUAUUUUUUUCAAAACAGCGAGGUGUGUUGUGUUGAAGAAUGGGAAGUGAAGGUGAAUUUGAAUUUUCAGAUGAAAAAUGGCGUUACACAUGGGAAUCACAAUCCCACACACCAAUCCUCCGUUUACUUCUCUUCCCAAUAAUCUCCAAAACCCUAAACCCCUCCUUCAAACAACACAAUCUCACCGUUUAUCUUCAUUCCCCACCUUCUUUCCUCACCAUCACGUCCUCCUCCUCCGCCGCCGCACUCUCCCUUAGGGUUCCGAUUCCCAAUGUCUUACUUGACGCUGAUUCUCCUCCCACACUCCGAUUAUUCACCGACCACAUCGAACUCAAACUCCUCCUCUUACUCCCCGUCGACCAUCCUGUCAUCUCCGCCGUUCAUCAAACCUCGCCGAUACAUCUUCCUCUCCAAAUGGAAUACGAUGUUGACAAAUUGUCUUCCGUUGGAGAAGUUGAGUUUGUUUGUAGAAGUUGUGGAUACAAUUUGACCAAAAAGCCUAUCAGGAAUUUUGUUGAAAUGCCAUCAGCAAAUUGGAGGGAGGUAGCUGACAAUUGGUUUGGGGCUUGUUGUUGUUCAUUUGGAGGUAUAAGUGAGAAGCUGGUGACGAGGUAUGUAAAUUCCCACUCGUGCGCACAGGGGAUGUGUCUGUUGAGCUCUACAUCUGUCAUUUUUUACAAGGAUGAUCUUGUGGAAAGUGAUUUUCCUAAACCAUGUGAUCAGCAUGAGUAUGUAUCAGAUGAUUUUGGAGGCGAUGGUGUUAGUGAGGGCACUGGAAGUUCUGGGCUGAGUGAGGAAAGAACUUCAACCUGCAGUGAUGCUGGUGAAGCGAACUGUGCUUUUGAUGAGAAUGCAAUGAUUGCCCAUCCUGAAAAGGGACAGCUUUCUGCGAAUUUCAGAUAUGAAGUCGUAAAGAAUGAACCUGAUUGCAGUGACUUUGCUCGUACAUGUCCAGAUUUGAAUGACACUGAAGAUGUGAACAACAUUUCUAGCUGUUGUGCUCAUAUGUCAAGCACUCUAGGAGAUAAAGAUGGGGAACAUCAUUUAUCUAGGAAUGCUAGGAAGAUUGAAACUGCGGAAAUUGUUGGGAAUCAGAAGUCUUUCCUUAAUGGUUUUCUUGGAGAUGUUUUCAUGGCUAGAUCAUCCAAUCUUACAAAGGAUAUUGAAUGGCAUGAAUUUACAUGCCCGCGAUGCCCGACUCCCCUUGGAGCCUACCCAUGUUGUGGGGGCUGUGCGCCUGUAGAUGAAGGAGUCCGAUUGUUCAAAUGUUAUAUUUCAACCUGUGUGCCGGUUUUAGGACCAGGGGACAUUUUCAGUAAGUACACAGUGGACAAAAUGUUUGCAAAUCGAUUGAUGGAGUGUGCCAAUGAUGAGUCAACAUUUCGGUUUGUUGUUAGAGAUCUGACAACAAAAUCUCCUUUCCUGCAAAUUGUUCUUUUAAAUCCAGAUGCUUGGUCCUGUUCUGGUAAUUGUUCUAAUGCAGAGGACAAAGAUCCAGUUCCUAAAUUACAGUUACGGCCAGUCAUCAAGGUCCUUUUUUCUGACUGCAAAGCUGCAGCAGAAUCUCAAUUAAGGAUGGUAGAUGAAUGGGCAGCAAAGAAUUCAGCUGAAGACAUUUUCAUGCUACCUUAUCAUAUACAAGACCUGGUGAAUUCAUUGAUAGCAGCAAAAGAUCUAUAUCCAUCUUCAUGUUCUUCCCUUCAUGGUCUAACUUUGUCAUCUCUGCAGCAGUAGUAAUCUACUACUCAAAAACUCAUUUUAUAACCAAAAGUGACUAAUCAGGCUGAGCAAAGGAUGAAAGAUGUAUUUUUUGAAAGAAAAAAAUUAGAUAGCUAGAGCUAAUGUGACAGGAUAGGAGUCAGAAUGAUAUUGAUAUUGAAUGUUGGAUAUAGAGUGAAUGGUGUUAAAUGAUAAUUUAUCUUUUCUGACCAUCACUCUUUUAAGUAUUUGUGAGUUCCUGCUAAAUUUUGUUGAAAUUUUUUGAGAUAUUUUUGCUAGUAUAAUAAUGCAUUAGACCUG